UGCCUUGCAAAAGAGAAAGCAAAAGGGGAGGAGGGAACUAGAAUCUCCUGUUAACUACUUCCUCCAGCUUCUUUGCAACACCCACCUUCAAAGUUGCACAGUUUAGAGCAUCUUAGUCACAGACAUGGAAGUGUAAACCAGAAACAUGCAAGAAAAAGCUUAGAAGAGUAAUUCAGCUGAAUUUUAGCUGUUGUGUAUCCUGCUUGAACAAAAUACACUUACUGGACAACUAUAGGAAGAAAACUGCGGAACAGAACAGUUACAAAUGGAAAAUGCAAACACUGAAAACAAAGAGAAAUUACAUUUUUAUCAACAUGCUGAAACAUGGACAAAAGAAGAAGUCAAACAAUUCUUAACUGAAAUUCUUAAGAUUGACCAGAAAUAUGCAGAAAUCUUGUAUGACCAAGAUGUAACUGGUUCUACUUUGAAACUGUUGACUAAAGCAGAUCUGGUGGAGAUGGGCAUACCUCAUGGGCCUGCUAUUCAAAUAAUUCAUUUCCUGAAAAAGCAUGGCAUUCUGACUGAAAGUUCAAACCAGGCUGAGGGACAAGAAGGCAGUGAACAGAGUAUUGGUGGAGAAGACGAUGAAGAAAUUGUAAAGAACGAGUGCAAGAAGAAAUACAGGUCAUUUAAUUCCAGUAUACUGCAGGAUUCUGAACUGGAGCCUGUAGAAAAUAAAACAGCAAUAAAGUCAGCUGACGAGGAGAAUGUAUCGGAGAAGUCACCAUCAAGCAGCCAGCACCCAGCCAGAAACAUAUGUAUGCCACAUCCUUUUGAUAAUUUCAGUGAUGGUACUCGAUACAUACAACAUCAUAUUCUUAAUGUCCCUGAAACAGGGCCACUUAACCUCAUUGAUCCAGCACAUGAAUUCAAAUUACUUUGCAACACAGAGAAUGCACUAGAAGAAGAUAUUAAAAUGAAAUUUAGCAAUGAAGUCUUUAGGUUUGCUGCAGCCUGCAUGAACUCUCGCACAAAUGGCACUAUUCAUUUUGGAAUACAUGACAAUCCACAUGGGGAAAUCAAAGGAAUAAAAGUUACCAAGAAAGAAGCCUACAUUGACCAUUUUAAUAGACACAUUGAAAAGUACUUUGAUAAGCAAUACAUUGGAGCUGCAAAAGCUUGCAUUAGAGAACCUAGAUUUGUGGAGGUAUUGUUACCAAAUGAAACUCCAUCAGAUACGUUUGUCAUUGAAAUAGAUGUGGUUCCCAGACACUCCAUCUGUAAUACAAAAUAUUUCUGUACCAACAUAUAUGAUUUUAAGAGCAAGUGUUUCAGAAAAGCUGUCUUCAUCCGCAAUGGAGCUAGUUCUAAAAAUAUUAUCAAUACAGAUGAAUUUGAAAAGUUUAAAUGUAACUUGACAUUGUUAGCAGAUUCUCGUAAAAGAGCAGAGGAAGAAUAUAACUUAAAGCAAAAGAAGACAAUGAAUGAAGGACUAAAGCUAAUUAGUCUGCUCACUGGCAACAGAGACAUGCUAGAUGACUGUUAUUAUGACUACUACAUUUUGGUAACAAACAAAUGCCAUCCAAGUCAAACUUCACACUUAGACUUUUUACAGGAAAUUAAAUGGUUUGCUGUGCUUGAUUUUGACCCUGAAUCAGAAAAAAAUGGUGUAUUUAAGACUUACCAAAAAACUCGAAAUGCCAAACUUCGCUUCCCAUAUCAUUAUGAAAACAAAGUGGGUUCAGUUUCUGAACAAGCUGAGAAGCUGAAUUUGCAUCAGGAGACAAACUGGAUUUUCUGCAAUGGAAUCAUUGCAGAAAGUGGAUCAGACUUCCAAAGCAAUAAAGAACUACCAUUAGAUCACGCUUCGUGGCAACGAGAUAGGGCUGCUGAAGUCAGAAAGAUGAUUUCAUUUCUUUCACACAAAGAUGUAAAGCAGAGUGGGAAGUUUUUAAUAGUGUUUCUUUUGCUUUCCCGAGUGGAAGAUCCAUUGGAUCCCCUUGCUGAGACAUUUGUUACAUUUUACCAAGAAUUAAAGGGACUAGAAGACAUGGCCUGCAUUUGCAUUGGUGCAGGUACAGACCAGCGAUGGAAAGAUCUUCUUCAUGCUAGAGGCAUAAGAGAGGAAGCACUUUCAAAUAAAUGUGUUUCUAAUUUAACCCUGGAAAUGGUAAAUGGUACCAUCAUAAAAGCGAAAUCAGUGACACAGUCAUCUAAAAGACUUCUGCCCUCCAUUGGCGGUUCUACCAUUCUUCUAAAGAAAGAAGAAGAUUUCAUAGCAGCAUUGGAAAUCUUAUGUGAAAAUGAGUGCAAGGACACAGAGAUAGAGAAGGAUGAAGAACAAUUUAAAAAAUUCAUGAAAGAACGGGAAAAAGAUUUUUAUCGAGGUGGUAGAGUGACAUGGUGGAAUUUUUAUUUUUCUUCUGAAAAUUACACAUCGGUUUUUGUCAAAAGGGAUCGUUAUGAAAACCUUGAACAACUAAUUGUGUCUUCAGCUAACAGCGCUAAUCAGUCACCUGUAAAAAUUAUCAACCUUUACCACCACCCUGGCUGUGGUGGGACAACAUUAGCUAUGCAUAUCCUCUGGAAUCUCCGGAAGCAAUUCAGAUGUGCUGUUCUCAAAAACAAAACAAGUGAUUUUGGAACACAAGUGGCAACUUUAAUCACCUAUGGAGCAAACAAGGACAGUGGCUAUUUACCAGUGUUACUUCUUGUGGAUGAUUUUGAAGAGCAAGAAAAUGUCUAUCUUCUGCAAAACGAAAUUCAGGCAGCUAUAACAGAAAAAUGUAUUCCGUAUGUAAAUCCUUUAGUGAUCGUUUUAAAUUGUAUGAGAUCUCAGAAUCCUGAUGAAAAUGCAACAAUCAAUUCCUUGAACAGUAUUUCUUUAAAACAGACCCUUUCUGAAAAAGAGCAAAGGGCCUUUGAACAGAAACUAAAAGAUAUUGAAAAGAUGCACCCAAAUCCAGAUAAUUUCUAUUCUUUUAUGAUUAUGAAGAAAAACUUUGAUCCAAAGUACAUAGAAAAAUUGGUUAAAAAUACCUUGCGUGACUUGAAUAUAAAUUCUAAAUCAGCACAACUUGUUUACUAUCUCACACUCUUAAACGCUUAUGUAAGAACAUCUACACUUUCAAUAUCACUAUGUGAAGAAUUCUUGGGAAUUAAUUCUCGAGAGAUAGGCAAAAAAGAUAAACUGAUAGAAAAAAUGGGAAUUUGUUCCAAUAUUCUAAUGUAUACUCGAGUACAAGAACACAUGACAUACCGAGGUCUACGCAUCAUUCACACAUUGAUAGCAGAGUGGUGCCUAACAGAAUUUAAACUAACCUAUAACUUGCCUAAAAGUGAAAUUACAUUGCGAUUAUUGAAGGAGGAUUUGCUUUAUGAGAAUUCAUUACAACAAGACAAACUUACUCGUGAUAUAAUAACCCUACUGAUUACUAGACAGCGCAGAGAACGUGGCUAUGAGUCAGACACAUGGUUCUCCCCAUUAAUUGAAGCCAUUCAUAAAGAAGAAAAAUAUUUUAAUGUGGAACGUGUGUUAAAAGAAGCAUCCACUAGGUUUAAGAAAAACAGUCACAUUUGCCAAGCCUUAGCAAGAUACUGCUACAUUAAAGAAAAUGAAUAUGACUCAGCAUUAUUCUGGGCCAAAGAAGCCCAAGAUCGAGCACCACACAGUUCAUACAUAUCAGAUACAUUAGGUCAAGUCUUCAAACACAGGCUAAGAUACCAGGUAGAGCACAGAGGAAAGAGUGCAGUCCUAACAGCUCAGGAACUGGAUUGUUUGCUAGAUCUUGCUCAAAGUGCUUCAUGGGCUUUCAGAACAUCUCAGCAUCAAGCUAAGAAUGCAGCCAUUGAACAAAAUUUUCAGCAUCAAAAACGUAAAAGAAAGCUUCAAAAUUACAAUACUUUGGGUUAUCAGGGAGAGAUAGAAACUGGUCUUUAUAUUAUUGAUGUCCUCCAGCACACUCCCUUUUUCAGCAAAGAAGACUCACAGUGUAGGAAAAGAAUGAUAAUGUAUCUAUCAGGAAAUAGUGCUUUGAAUUUAGAUAGCCCUAGCACAGAGAGUGAAGUUCUUAAACAUUAUUCCAGCUUUUUAAAAAAUUUGCGAUCACAAUUAAAAAGGGCAUUUGGCUUCCUUGAAGACUACUUCGUGUUUUUCAAAACACCGACAAAUGAAAGAGAAUUUGUAGAGGCAAAAAUGGCUGAGACAGUUCGAGAAUGUUUUAAAAAAUACACAAAAAUAUUUUGUGAUUCCAGUGUUGAGCAACUGAGAAGUCAACAGGCCUUAGGGUGGUCCUUGUCUCAGAAAAUAGUAGCAUACAGAAAGGCUGUGGAGGCUUCCAAAGCAGACUCAUUUUCUGGAGUUUUGGCAUACCUUUACAAAAACCAGAGAAAUGCUGACAGAGAGAUAGAAGACAUAGUAUACGCAUACACAUUUCUGUGUGAGGCGAAUUCACAGGCAACUCUGAAGGAAAAACAGAAUUUUAUUUUGGCAAAUGUUGUUCUGAAUUGCAUUAAACCUGAAUCCACUGAGUUAUGUCAUUUUGAGGGACUGAGAAGUCAACUUGUAAGUAUUCUAGAGAAAGUGGAACUGAAUUCAUACUGUGUAGAGCCUUUCUUCCUUGCCUCUUUGUUGUUUUGGCCUGAAAAUAUUAAACAACUAAAUGAAGAUUCUAGGAAAAUGGACAAGUAUGUUAGACGCCUAUAUGAGUCUUUCAAAGAGCUCUAUGGAGCCAUAGGUUGUUUCAAGCAACCUGUGGCUCAUUUCUAUCUUGCAAAAGGCAGCGGCCUAAACAGAUUUGUUCACAAAAGAAAGAUAGAUCAGCUUUUUAGCUCACUUUCAGAACAGGAACUGAAUGACCUCUGGCGGAAUGAAAAUAUCUGGAAGGAAAAGGUUGUUCGUGAUCUUUUGCUUCCUUUGAAUGGAAGAGCUGAGGGUACGGUUAUUUACAUAAACUAUGGCAUCAACGAACCCUUUAGGAUACCAGUGAAGCCUGUUCCUUCAUUCCUACUGAAAAAAGGCCCAAACAUACAAAGAGUGUCUUUUUACCUUGGUUUUUCCAUUGCUGGUCUCCUGGCAUACAAUGUACACAGUUUAUAAUUAAAACAAUAGGGAUUGCAGGUUUGUGUUUUCAGGCAAAAUUAUCCUUAACAUUUUUUUCCAAUAACUGUAAAUGAAAAAGAAUUAGCUGUCCAGCAUGCUUCCCUCCUCAGUAUGCCAGUCUUUGUGCUUGGCUAAUAACCAAGCUGUACAUAUUGUGAAAGGACAGAAGCAUUUCUACUCUCUCAUAGCAUUUCUAAAUGUGUGAUUGUUAAAGAUACCACUACUUUCUGCUCUACUGUAAAAACACCCUAGUUGUCAUUUGAAGGCAGUGUCAAAUAGAUUUUCUUCUUUUGUGGUGGGCCUACUUCUGCUUUAUAUAGAAUUGAUCCCGUUUGGUCUUUCUUUUCAUUAUAAAUUCCAUGAGCUCCUUCCAGUGAUGGAUAGAUACAUUUCUUAUUAAGUUUGAUCCUUGCAAAACCAUGCAAUUUAAAUAGUCUAAAUGGUCAUUGACUGCAUUGACUCCCUCAUGUGUAUAAAACUGCCUGUAAUGUUCAGGAACAAUGUUCCAAAAAAGUAAAAUAUACUGGUGUGAAACACCAGAAACAACAAGUUACUGCUACCUGGGUGAGAGGAGGGUGUGCAAAGUGUUGUAUAUUAACCUAUGUGUAUGUGAUUCAUGACAACUAGAGGAGUUUGAUAAAAUUAACAGCUUGAGAAAUGUCUGAAGGAUUGAAAAAAGCCUUAUAGGCUUUUAUCAGCCUAGAAGUCCUCUUUGCUGUUAGUGUCAGGUAGGCAAAAAUAAGUGACUUCUCAGCAGAAGAUUAAUAAAAAUAAAUCAAUGACAACAACAAAAGAAUAAAGCAGCAUGUCAUUCCAAUGUAGUGUAGCUCUUCUUUCUGUUGCAAAUAUGCAGAAUUUACUUCAUUAUAUAAUUCAGACUAUAGCCCAAAUAUAUUUCUGUUGGCAACUUCCUAUUGCAGUGACCAUCUCCCAUUUAUUGCAUGCUUAGUUUUGUUUUGUUUUUAAUAGUAUACUUUUAUGUCAUGUAGGAUACUAUAGAAUCGAUUUUCAUAGCAAUUUGUUAUUUACUCUAAUUGUUUCUCAGGAGAUUGCUGUACAAUUUAACAAUGACUAUUUACUCUUCCAAAUAAAGAUUUACAGCAAAUAAUUUGCCGUAUCUUCAUGGCAACUGAAGACUUCAUCUCAGUCAGUCAUGUCUAAAAAAAUGCAAGUUUAAGACAUGUCUGAGAAAGAGCAAUAGCUGUGACGGGCAGGAGAAAUGGAGGUGAUGUGGAGGAGACAAUGUUGGAUAUGCAUGGAAGAGGACAUUGUUGGGGGUGCGGCUAGAGAUGUGCUCCUGGAAAAUGGCAACCCAUGCUGAGCCUGAGACACCUUUGAGGGACUGAAACAUUACCCACACUUGGGCAGAGGAAACAAGUUAGAAGGGAGGAGCCACACCACAUGGAAGGAGGAGAAAAGUGUAAGAAGCAAGAAGCAGCACAAAGAAGCCACUACACAUCGAUGCCAACCUUUUCUGCUGCCCCUCACCUUGCCAGAGGGAUUGGGAAGGGCUGAGAAUAACACCUGGUGAAAACAAAGUAGGACAUGGAGAGGAGAGGUGUUGCACUGUUUGCCUGUGGAAAGGAGAAGAGAAGCAUUUCACUAAUAAUGGUUUUGGUCCCUUUCAACCCAAACCAUUGUAUGAUUUGAUGAUUCUACGUGUUUACUUAGCUGUCUUUUUGGUUCCUCUAUGGCCCAAUUAAUAAUUAGGAGUUUUUGUUAACUGGCAAUAAAUUAAAUUAAAUUUC